UUUGGGGAGCCCUGAAAGGGGGUGGUAACGGAAGUAAGAGAACCAAACUUUUCUGGUUUACACCGAAUUUGACAAGGCUUCAGAUGCUGUUGUUAUGUUAUUCAGGUCCUUGGUCCGGGGUGCAUGCACUCAUAUAGGAGCUGCAAAAGUCCUUAAAUCCGUAGAACCUGUGGGAGUCCACGUCUGGGCAGCUGCUCUACUUCACAGUGCAGUGAGGAAGUCUUUGCUGGUGGAACAAGCCAACAUGAGGGUUGAACUUCUGCCAGCGCUCAGCGACAACUACAUGUACCUGCUGAUCGAUGCAGACACCAGAGAGGCAGCCAUUGUGGAUCCAGUGGAGCCAAUAAAGGUUGUAGAGGCUGUGAGAAAACACAGUGUAAAACUUACAACAGUGUUGACCACUCACCACCACUGGGAUCACGCUGGUGGAAAUGAGAAGAUGUUGAAGCUGAUGCCAGGCCUGAAGGUCUACGGAGGAGAUGACAGGGUUGACGGUAUCACAAAGAAAGUCUCUCAUUCUCACAGUUUCAAACUUGGAUCACUGAACAUUAAAUGCUUGUUCACGCCGUGUCACACAACAGGUCACAUCUGUUACUACGUCACAAAGGAGAACAGCACUGAACCCCCGGCCGUGUUUACAGGGGACACACUUUUCGUGGCUGGCUGCGGUAAAUUCUUCGAGGGCACAGCGGAGCAGAUGUACAAAGCCUUGAUAGAAAUUCUUGGACGACUUCCCCCUGAAACGCGAGUCUACUGUGGUCAUGAGUACACCGUCAGUAAUCUGAAGUUUGCUCGUCAUGUGGAACCAGACAAUGAAAUCAUUCAAAAGAAGCUAGCCUGGGCCAAGGAGAAGUGCAGCCUGGAAGAACCUACGGUUCCAUCCACCCUGGCAGAUGAAUUCACCUUUAACCCCUUUAUGCGAGUAAAAGAAAAGUCCGUUCAAGACCACGUGAAGCAAACCAACCCGAUCGAAACCAUGAGAAGUCUCCGCAAAGAAAAAGACAACUUUCGCGUGCCGAAAGAGUGACGGCGUCAUCGACAGUGUCAGGAAAAAAAAAAUAUUUUACCAAAUAAUAUGGCUGACAGCUCUGCUCGCUGUUUUAUUAUUUUGGGUUUUUUUAUUAUUAUUCAUAUGCAGUUGCAGAAAAAACACAGUUGGCAAUGAAUGAUUUACAAAUCGUUAACACUGAUUAAAUGAUUGCUUAAUUUCAAAAUGUAAGUAUCAGAAUAUAUUUUAAUUCUUAAUUGUAAUAUAUUGGUAAUAUACAAACUACAGUCUUAUUGUUUUUUUGUUUUUUUAAAUUGAACAAGAACGUUGGCUGGAAAAUGUUUGUCAAAAAACCCAGCACUUGGUUUACAAUAUACAGUAAAUAUAAGUAUUUUAUUCUUUGGUCUGUCCUGAAAUAUUUCCUAUUGACAAUGCAGCUUACAGUACAAUACAGUAAUAAUAUAGUGUAGGAACUGGUGAUUUAGUACAAAUGCCUGCAGUUCCCACAGAAAGGCUAAUUUAUGUGCACUUUUAAAUUUUUUUUUGUAAUCAUUGACAUAAUAUUAUAGAAUUCUGUGUUCGCACCUUCUGCUAAAUACUUUAAGAAUCUUUGUCAGAUUAAAUUGUCACCGAUAGAUGACGGUUGAAUCAUAGAAGAAGAGUUUAUUUCAUUUAUUUUACAGAUGUUCAAAACGCAUUCAUGUAGUAGGGAAAAGUAGGAUAGCAGUUCAUGUUUUUCUUUUUUGUUCCAUAUUUUAGGAGUGUGUGCUUUAGUGCAGUGUGUUGGCUGUUGCAUUACCUAUUAAACUGGUUGCAUUCAU